AUGACAUCCGAUUCAUCCCCAACUGUAUCAACCAAUAAGCGAAAGAAGCGUGUUGGAACAGCCUGUGAUUUUUGUCGACAGAGAAAGCUGGGCUGCGACAAUGCAAAACCAAAAUGUGAGAAUUGUAGAUGUUCAGGCAAGGACUGUACUUACGCCGAGCGGGUGAAGAAGAUUAGACCGACGAAUGCUCAAAUACGGCAUUUGGAAGAUGAGAAUGCGCAAUUGAAAAGUUCUUUAUCCAAGCUUCGAUCUCGCUUGAACCAGGUGGAGCAGUCGAAUGAUGCUGGUGAUGAUAGCCAUCAUGUAAAUCAUAGGGAUCCUAUGCGACCAACGGUGUCUACAAGACUUACCCAACAGACUAUUCAAUCGUCACGUCCGAAUCAACCCUACUACUCGACUGCUGACCGUGAAGUCCAGUUCCAUGGACCCUCUAGUGCCCUAUUUGAUGAAUCCCAUCAGCAACCCCCAGCUUCCAAUCGCAAUGUUUGUGUCAAUCCUGCGAAGAAAUACGAGAUACUCGGAAGCUGUAUAAAACAACGCCAAAUGGAACCUAUCGAUCUCGCUGCAGGCCGCCUUGAUUUCGAUGGCGUGGACCCCGAAGUAGGCAUGCAUCUUCUAUCCAUAUUCUGGAAUAGACAGCAUGCUUCCGGAUUAUUAGUCUAUCGACCAGCAUUUAUGCGAGACAUGGCUUGCGAUGGGCCAUAUUUCUCUAAACUGUUGUUGAAUGCAAUAUUCUUUUCGGCGUCCAAAAACUCUCCUAGGACUGAAUUCAGAUGUUCGGGCGCUGUGACAGAUGAGCCUACUGCUAUAUCACCGUUUAGAGUUAGAGCUGAGGAGUUAUUGUCCAUGUCCACUUCUGGAUUACCGACGAGAACGAAAAGUGAUAUAACCACAAUACAGGCACUAUUGAUCAUGUCUGAUGCACUUUUCGCCUGGUGCGAUGAGCGGAGUUUGUCAUGGUUGUAUUCUGGGCUUGCGAUUAAUAUGCUUGUUGAUUUGGGGAUUCAUACGGAUAGGCGGGCUCCUGCAAUGAAUAAGACAAUCACUACUGAAUAUUUGGAGAUCCGCCGUAGACUUUUCUGGGCUGCUUUCGUCCAAGACAAGGUCCAAUCAAUAUUUCAAGGCCGACCUGCUCGUCUCCGGGAAGCAGACGUUAACGUACCCAUUUCUUUCAUGGACGAUUACGAGGAACUGGAACAGUUCACCUCGCUCUCAUAUGCUCAAACCGAGUUAAAUCUGAGCUUUCCGACGCGCAGUGUCUCUGUAUUUCAGCAGUUAUGCAAACUCAGCAUCAUUAUGGACAGAAUAAUAUCUGGAAUAUAUGCAGAGAAUUGCAGUUUGAAAAGCACGUCUAAACUCCUCGAUACUGCGUGCUCUCUUCAUCAAGACCUCAAAGACUGGCGUAAAUCACUUCCAGAACAUCUCAAUAUGGACUUUGAUAAUACUAAGACUCCACCACUGACGCCUCAUGCUUUAUCUCUGAUGUCCAUGUACUACUCUCUUAUUAUCCUAUUACAUCGCCCCUUUGUCUCUGAUGGACACAUCAACGCUUCUUCCGCAUCCGUAAUUUGGGAUGCCUUCACCACAUGUGCAGCUGCCGCUUCAGGAAUUGAUGCCGUGCUGAGAGUCUUCUUGCAACACUUCUGCAUUACCACAGUCCCAUAUUUCAUGUCUUACGCCACAUAUGUGAGCGGAACAAUCCACGUACGCAUUGCAGCGCAGAGCGGGCGAAAUUCGGAAGCAUAUAAGAGUCUUCAGAGCUGCUUGGAUAUUUUGUCUCAACAACAAUCGAUAUGCCGUGCGCCGCGAAGGGCUAGAAGGAUUCUUUUGGGGCUAGCUAAAAGAUUGAAUGUUGAUAUAGACGAGUCGCCCACUUCGGUCGAAGAAGCUCGACCAGCCAUGUUAAGAGAGAACGCCCCUGUGGUUCCUUCUAUAAACGCGGAUUUUAAUACGUCAACACUACAAAAUCAGCAAAGCGACUUUGAUCUGUUGAUGUCAGGACUGGAUAUUGAUGCCAUCAUACAGAGUUUUGACUUUGAUCAUUCGAACAUGAUGAAUUCUGCUAUCAGCAAUGGGCACUUGGAUAUUCUACCCGUUACUGAAAGGGAGACUGGUAUGAAUACUGAUUUAGUGUCAUCUCAGAAUACCGACGACUUUAGCGAGUGGAUGUUCCAAGAUCCGCUAUUUGGAUAUGAUUCUUUGUUUCCGUUUGAUGACUCUGCGAAUUACUAA